UUGAGUUUAAUAUCAGUUGGAUUGAAAUACAAACUGAUGCAGAAUAAGCUCCGCAAGUGAGGUGAGGGGGGCGUGAUUGCGCGGGGAGGAGGCCUGCAGGCGGGGAGCUUCUGCCGUCAGUCCUGGGACUCGGCGGGCGACAUGGAGAUGUUGCGUCGCUCCUCCGUGUUCGCUGCCGAGGUCUUCGACCGCUCGCCCACCGACAAAGAGCUGGUGUCCCAAGCGAAAGCGCUGUGCCGCGACUAUAUCCACUCCAGGCUGCACCGCGCCGGAGUCGGGUGGUCCAAACCCGAGCAUGGACUGGCCGCGUCAGGUGGGACGCUGGGGGAGGUGUCGUCGGUUCUCCUGUGGUUGGGUGAUGAGCUGGAGUACCUGCGGCCCAACGUGUACCGAAAUGUUGCAAGGCAGCUCAACAUCACAGUGGCGUCAGAGAGUGUUGUGUCUGACGCUUUCCUUGCUGUUGCUGCUGACAUUUUCUCCACAGGUGUCACAUGGGGAAAAGUGGUCUCUUUAUAUGCUGUAGCGGGAGCUCUGGCUGUUGACUGUGUCCGCCAUGGACAUCCAGCCAUGGUGCACACCAUCGUCGACUGCAUGGGGGAGUUUGUCCGCAAGAGUCUGAGCUCCUGGUUGAAAAGGAGAGGUGGCUGGGGUGAUGUGACUAAAUGUGUUAUCAACACUGACCCCAGCUUCUACUCCCACUGGCUCGUGUCGUCUCUGCUAACGUUUGGACACUGUGUGAAAGCUGUCGUGCUUUACCUCCUCAGGGAGAAGUGAAAGCAGCACAAUGGAUUCUGCAG